AUGAAUAGACGUCAAAAUGUGCAUGAGCUAAUAUCUUCAGUGUACCCGCUACUGGGAAAUGAUGGACUAAUGUCACCAGAACACUUAACCGAGAGAAUCAUUUUAUCUCCAUGUAAUGAAGAUGUCCAUAAGAUUAAUGUGGAGGCAUUAGGAAAUUUGCUGGGUGAGGCUUAUACAUAUCUUGCUGCUGACAAGAUGAUUCGGGAUGAACACGGAAGGGAUUCAAGGUUCACAACCGAAUUUAUCAACAAUUUGAAUCCACCAGGAUCACCUCCAUUUAAGCUAGACAUUAAAGUUGGAUGUACGGUUAUGUUAUUGAUAAAUCUUGCACCAAAAGAAGGUCUUUGUAAUGGUACUAGACUGGUGGUCACGAGGUGUGGACGAUAUGUGAUUGAAGCUAAAAUCAUAAUAGGGGAAAAGGCUGGUGACAUAGUAUUUAUCCCAAGAAUCACUUUUCAACCUUCACCUUCGGAGCUAGACAUACAAAUGGAAAGACGCCAAAUUCCAUACGUGUUGCAUAUGCGAUGA